AAGAAGGAUAUGUUGUUGUUAUUACUCAAGGCCGACAAGUGGCGUUCAUAACAUGAUUGUCAUUGAUAUUUUAUUCAUUUAUUAGUUUAUACAAAAGAAAAUGUCGUUACUUAUGGAAUUCGCUGUUAAGAUGACCUGCCAGUCUUGUGUGAAAAAGGUCGAAGAGAGCUUGACCGGUGUCGAGGGUUUAAAUAUAAUUGAUUUGUCAUUGGAGAAAGGGACGGUCUUGGUUGAAACAAGCUUGCCGUCAUCUGUCGUUCAAGAAAGAAUAGAAUCGAGUGGAAAAGUAGCCGUUUUAAAAGGAUACGGCUCCCAGUCUCAGAAAGAUGGUGUACCUAAGGCGGUGACCGAUAGCGUGACGGCUGCUGUUGCUAUGCUCGGCGGAACCAUCGGCUACGGCCUUGGAGUAAAAGGUGUCGUCCGGUUUGUCCAGAGGGGCGAUGAUUGUGUGAUUGACGGCACUGUCGACGGGCUCAGCCCAGGGUAUCACGGUCUUCACAUUCACGAAUGUGGUGAUAUAACUGAGGGUUGCAAUAGUGUCGGGCAACAUUUUGACCUUAAUGGUGGAAUCCAUGGAGGACCAGACGAUACACGAGAAUACAGACACACUGGUGACUUAGGAAACAUAACUGCUGGCAAAGAUGGAAGGGCUGUUUUCCGCAUUACAGACAAAUUUGUUAAAGUGUGGGACAUCAUUGGGCGUAGUAUCGUCGUGACCAGCAGAGAAGAUGAUUUGGGAAAAGGGAAAAGUGAAAUGUCUCCGAUUGACGGCAACUCUGGCGAAAGACUGGCCUGUGGGAUUAUAUCGAGGUCUGCCGGUCUUUUUGAAAACGACAAAAAGAUAUGCGCUUGCGACGGUGUGACCAUUUGGGAUGAGAGAAACCGACCAUUGGCUGGACCAGGGCGUAAAGUACAAAAUGGAAACAGCCUCAUUCAAAAUGAAGAUAAAAAAACUUGUACCACACAAUAAACCAUUUAAUCAUAA